AUCAGUAAAUCGUAAAUAAUUGAACAAUUAUAAAAUUUUUAAAUCAAACAAACUCGGUUGGAUUAAACUCAAUGUGUUCCUUGAAUCAAUUUAAAUUAAAAUUCACGACAAUGGCUAGUUACAAGUUGGUGUAUUUCAACGUAAUGGGACUUGGAGAACCCAUUAGAUUCCUUCUCAGCUACGGGGGCGUCGAAUUUGAGGAUAUUCGUGUAAACCAUUCGUCGGAAGAAUGGGCCAACAUGAAACCAAUGACCCCGUUCGGCCAGUUACCCACGUUGGAAAUCAACGGCAAAGUUUACUCGCAAACAUUAUCUAUUUGUCGUUACCUGGCCAAACAGUUUAAUCUGCUUGGCAAAACCGAUUUAGAUACGCUGCAGAUCGACGCGAUUGCGAGCGCACUUUACGAUUUCAGACGGCUGGCGAUAUCAUCUUAUUACAGGGAGACUGAUCCGGCUUUGAAAGCCAAGAAGAAAAUCGACGUAAUGACGAGAGUGUAUCCGUUUUACUUGAGCAAGCUGGAGGAUCUGGCGAAAAACAAUGGUGGUUAUUUGCAUGGCAACCAGUUGAGUUACGCUGAUCUAUUCUUCGUUGCUAUAUCGGAUUCCUUAAACACGGCUUACGAAUCUGACAUAACGGAAGACAAACCGCAUUUGAAGUCUCUCAAGGAGAAGGUUUUGGCACAUGAAAAUAUAAAGAGCUGGAUAGAAAAAAGACCAAAGUUGGAGUUCUAAACACGCGUAGAUAAAUCUCGCACGACGAACGUCUUGAAAAUGUGCAUGUGUAUCUUACAAAUACAAUGACAUGAAAAUUC